AUGGUAGAGGAAGGAGUAAUUGCCCAACCUAAUAAAUAUUCCUGCUUUUUCGUUUUGUUUUUGAGGAAUUGCUUGAAUCAUCAAGAUGAGAAAACGGUUGCCUAUUGCUGUAUGGUUCUUUUCACUUGUCUUAACCCUGAGAGGACAAGAGAACUACAGGAAGAAAGCAACUUGAACGUUGCCCUUGCUGUUCUGCAGGCAUCCAGGAAGUACCCGGAAUCGGAAUGGACGUUCUUGAUUGUUACCAACCAUUUGCUGAAGUGCCCUGAGUUGGUCAAAGCCAUGUAUGCCAAACUGAGCAAUCAAGAAAGGGCUUCGUUUUUAGAAUUGAUACAGUCAGAAAUUGGUGAAAACAAUACAGUUAUCAGUGCAGAAACAGCCAAAUUUCUUGUAAAUUGUUUCAAGGAGAAAUGUCAAGCCGUGCUCAUAUUGGCAUUUGCAGCAAAUGAUGAUGAUGAGGAAGCACUAGUCACGAUUCGGCUUGUUGAUGUUCUUUGUGAAAUGACAUCAAACUCUGGACAUCUGGAAUGUCUGCAGGCUUGCCCUGAUUUGCUUGAGGUGACUGUCAAAACUUUGCAGCUUACACAUCUUGCUGGGAAGCAGAGCACAAACAUCUUCACAGUGACUCAUUCUGGGCAAGAACAAAGCUGUCAUCCAGCUGUGGGGUUUAAGUCACAUCUAAUUCGUUUGAUUGGAAAUUUAUGUUACAAGAAUAAGGCUAACCAAGACAAGGUUUAUGAUCUAGAUGGCAUCCCGUUGAUCCUGGAUAACUGCAGCAUUGAUGACAAUAAUCCUUUUGUAAGCCAGUGGGCAGUAUAUACAAUUCGCAACCUCACAGAACAGAAUGAAAGAAACCAAGAACUCAUUGCACGGAUGGAGCAGCAGGGACUGGCUGACAAUUCUGUCCUGGAGAAGAUGGGAUUGAAAGUUGAGAAACGAGAUCAGAAGUUGAUUUUGAGAUCCAGUGGAAAGACACCACAUCUAUAAGCAAACUGAAUGGUUUUCAUCUGUUUUGCUGUGAAUACGAUACCAAUGUAGUAUAAAAUAGACUCUCAACCAGAUUGUUGGCAUUAUUUCUUACCAAAAUCAAAGGCUAAUUUUAAACCUUCCUAGAUUGAAUAAAAUGUUAGUACCAAAUAAACUGCAAAUCCCAAAUUAUGGA